UUGAGCUGUGUAGUGAUAGGUGAGCAGUAAAGAACGCUUAACUGGCGUAUGACUCAGUGCACACGCACAGAAACCAGGACAAGCUCUAAGCCACACUGACUAACAGACAUAAAGACUCCUGUCCUCUCUGGAUUCAUGACAAGCAAGUACCGGGCGACUUAUCCUCCUCAGCUUGUGAUUUUUUAAGUUUUUGUUUUCAACUUUAGUCGCUAUCACUGUGAACAAUUAUCAUUGUUUACCGAGAAGACGAAGACAAAAUGUUUUGCGAGAGGAUGAAACAAGAAAACUUCUUGACUUUGUUUGCUUUUUUGCUCUGCACUUCUGUGAUGGUGGAGGGAGGCUGCCCGUCUCAGUGCUCGUGCCCGCGCUCUCCGCCCUCCUGCCCGCCGGGCAUCAGCUCCAUCACGGACGGCUGCGGCUGCUGCAAGGUGUGCGCCCGGCAGUUCAACCAGGAGUGCAGCCUCCGGCAGCCCUGCGACCACAUCAAGGGCCUGCACUGCCACCUGGUGCCCGGGGGGGCUCCCGACCGCGGACUGUGCCGAGCUGAGGCUCAGGGUCGGCCCUGCGAGUUCAGCGGGCGCGUGUACCAGCACGGCGAGGACUUCCAGCCCAGCUGCCAGCACCAGUGCAGCUGCAUGGACGGGGUGGUGGGGUGCAUGCCUCUCUGCCCGCACGAGGUGCCCCUCCCGGACUGGCGCUGCGCCCGCCCCCGGCUCGCACGCCCCCCCGCCCGCUGCUGCGACGAGUGGGUCUGUGAUGACGACAACCACAUCAGCGAGGACGCCGUGGACCCCCAGCGCGCGCCCCCGCCCGACUCCAACGCCAUCAGCAAGGAGCUGCAGCCGCCCGCCAACCCCCACGGCAGCACCGCUUUUCUGGAAUGGCAGCCCCACCCACAGCCACAAGUCCCCUUACCCAACCAGUGCUUUUCACAGACCACUGACUGGUCGGAAUGUUCCACCACCUGCGGUAUGGGGGUUUCCAGCCGGGUGACCAACAACAACGCAGACUGCCGGCUGGUCAGAGAGACCCGACUGUGCCAGAUUCGGCAGUGCGACCUCCCUCUGACCCCAUCUCUCAAGAGAGGGAAGAAGUGCCAGAAGACGGUGCGUCCGCGGGAGGCAGUGAGGAUCACGUUUGCGGGCUGCACCACGACGCGUCGGUACAGGCCCCGCUCCUGCGGCUCCUGCUCGGACGGCCGGUGCUGCGUCCCCUCCCUGACCCGCACCCUACGCCUGCGCUUCCACUGCCCGGACGGCGAGAGCUUCGCGCGCGACGUCAUGUGGAUCCAGCGCUGCCAGUGCAGCGCCACCGCAUGCCAGAGCCGCGGCUCCGCCCAGCUACCGUCCGUCAGCCUGCACAACGACAUCCACACCUUCUCACAGUGAGGCCAGUCCAGAGAACCCCCCGUCCCCACGCGCCCCCGGUCUCCCAAGGGCUGGCUGUGAGGUCAAACUCACUAUCGCCCUUGACUCCAACCAGAGACUCUGUCAAAGCAGCUCCCCUUGGUGGCGGGAGGUCUUCGGUCUGCACCCCGGCUGCACAGUGACCCCUCUGGGCAGCCUUCAUGAACUUCUCUACUGGGGAUCUGAACAUUAAGUCAGUCCCUCCUUCUGAACCAGGCUACCAGUCCAGCCGACACUAAGAACAUUUGCUUGCACUUUAAGUUAUGUUAUUUUACAUACCUGCUAGCCACUGUGAGUGAUGGCCGUCACUUAGAGACAUGGCCGAUGGGUACAGUGCUGAUAAUGGGGAGAAAGAAGUGAGAGAUGCUCUUUUUAGCGAAAGAGGUGACGAAGAGGUAGCAGUAAGAGUGCUCCAUUACUUCUGAUCACCCACUGGACAAAACCAUCCUUAUGGUGAGUUGAGUGUAAACACUAGACUAGAUUUACGGAUGACACACAUUUUGUAGUGGCACAGCAUGCUAGAUGCAAGUCCUGACCAGGACCUUUUAGUUUCGCCAUGGAAAUGUGUCAGUGAUCCAUUUCGUCUUUCUGCGAUUCUAUUGUUGUUUUUUUCUUUCAUGUAUUUAUUCUUUUUUAUUAGGCAAGAGGAGAAAUCCUACAAUUCAGUACAAUACAGUUAGAUCGAAUAUGCAAAACACUAUCAGGAACAUAUACGAUAUAACAGAUGCACUUUUGUUAUUAUUGAGUUCAUCUCAAUUAGCAGGCAAUCCGGAGUAUAUUCAGAACUUUAACAUAUCUGCAAAACUCUGUAUAAUUCUGUGUAUGAAAAUCCAGUGUUCAUAUGUUUCCUCUGAUACCCUGAUAGAUUGUGUUAGUUCACACCAGUCACCAUUUCUGUCAAUGUUUGUCGAUUUUGGUGUAUGCAGGUGUACACUUUCUUUUGUUUGAUGGUUCAGUAUUUUGGUCUGAUCAUGGGAGGACAAGCUGGGAAAACCUGUACUAUAGUAUUCUUAACAUUGGAAAUUUCAUAUAGAUUUCAGCCCUCUGCAUGUGUGUCUGUGUGUAUAUGUGUGUGAGUGUGUGUGAGAGAGAGAGAGAGAGAGAGAGAGAGAGAGAGAGAGAGAGACUGUGAGCGAGAAAGAGAGAGAGAGAGCGUGAGCGAGAGAGAGAGAAAUGUCGUGUCUGUACAGGCUUCACUCUUGGUGGAGUGACACUUUGGAGAUCGCCUCAUUUUUCGGGGUGUACUUAGGUGAUAAUAGAGGUUAUCCUGUUUUAGAAAAAAAUAUUUUCAUUUGUGUAUUUAAGACUUCUAUUUUGUUUAAUAUAAUUCCUGAAUGUAUUUCAGUGUUAUGUCUCCUGUCAAAGAGAAAAAUAUACAGACAUACAACAUA